ACGGGACAAACAUAAAUUUCCUUGAAAUUUCAGAAAAAAAAAGAGUCUAGAAUUCUGAUAUUUUGAACCCUGGUCUGAUGAAACUCUGAACUUGAAGCCAAGCAAAGCAAAUGAGCAGUGACAGGUCCAAGUCAACCAACCACCAUAAAACUAAAAAAACGGCCUCUCUUCUCUUCUCCUCGCGCCGCCGCAGCCGCAGCCGCAGUGAAUGGUCACGACGAGAUGAAGCCCAUGGCGCGGCAGCCGCUGCGGCUGCUGCUCGCCGCCGUCGCCGCCGUGGCGAUGCUCUCCUUCCUCCUCCUGCUCGCGCCGCCGCCGGACGCGCUCCUCUCCGCCUUCCUCUCCCCUUCCUCCCCCUACGCCCACCGCCCCAAGCUCCUCUUCCUCCUCGCCGGCCAGUCCAACAUGGCCGGCCGCGGCGCCCUCGCCCGCCCGCUCCCGCCUCCCUACCUCCCCCACCCGCGCCUCCUCCGCCUCGCCGCCUCCCGCCGCUGGGUCCCCGCCGCGCCGCCCCUCCACGCCGACAUCGACACCCACAAGACCUGCGGCCUCGGCCCCGCCAUGCCCUUCGCGCACCGCCUCCUCCUCCAGACCGAUUCCGAGGAGGUGCUCGGCCUCGUCCCCUGCGCGGUGGGCGGGACCAGGAUCUGGAUGUGGGCCAGGGGCCAGCCGCUGUACGAGGCCGCCGUCGCCAGGGCGCGCGCCGCCGUGGCCGACGGCGGCGGCGCGAUCGGCGCCGUGCUGUGGUUCCAGGGGGAGAGCGACACCAUCGAGCUCGACGACGCGCGGUCCUAUGGCGGCAAGAUGGAGCGCCUCGUCGCCGAUCUCAGGGCCGAUCUCCACUUGCCCAAUCUGCUCGUCAUCCAGGUUGGUCUUGCAUCAGGAGAAGGAAAUUACACUGACAUUGUCAGGGAAGCUCAGAAAAAUAUCAAUAUUCCUAACGUCCUUCUUGUCGAUGCUAUGGGCUUACCACUGAGAGAUGAUCAAUUACACCUCUCUACAGAAGCUCAACUCCAGCUUGGUAACAUGUUGGCCGAAGCCUAUUUAAAAUUUAACUCAUCUAGAGGUUCCAUGCUAUAGCAUCACUAACACUGUUGGAUUUCGUAGCUGCAGAGUGAAAGGCAAAUACCAUCAUUCUUUCAAAUAUUUCGUUGUAGUGUGUAGAUCAUUGUACAAUAAUGAACGAUUUUAACUCACAUGUUGUACAUUAUAGAGGAAAAGAUUGUUCCAGUUGAAUGAAGUACAGCCGAGUAGCAUUUGAAAUGGGAUCUUUGGUACAAUUCCCAACAAAUUCAAUCUCGACUUACCCAUGAAUUAUUGAUUA